UAGAAGAAACGGCGGCCGGGAGGGGGCUACGGGAUCAUGGGGCUUCUGACCAUUCUGAAGAAGAUGAAGCAGAAAGAGCGAGAGCUGCGGCUGCUCAUGCUUGGCUUGGACAACGCUGGCAAAACAACCAUCCUCAAGAAGUUCAAUGGAGAAGACGUGGACACCAUCUCCCCGACACUGGGCUUCAACAUCAAGACCCUGGAGCACCGCGGAUUCAAGCUGAACAUCUGGGAUGUAGGUGGCCAGAAGUCUCUGCGCUCCUACUGGAGGAACUACUUUGAGAGCACGGAUGGCCUCAUCUGGGUGGUGGACAGCGCCGACCGCCAGCGCAUGCAGGACUGUCAGCGAGAGCUGCAGAGCCUACUGGUGGAGGAGCGCCUGGCUGGAGCAACCCUCCUCAUCUUUGCCAACAAGCAGGACCUGCCUGGAGCACUGUCCUGUAAUGCUAUUCAGGAGGCCCUGGAGCUGGACUCCAUCCGCAGCCACCACUGGCGCAUCCAGGGCUGCAGUGCUGUCACAGGGGAAGACCUGCUGCCUGGCAUCGACUGGCUCCUUGAUGACAUUUCCAGUCGUGUCUUUACUGCCGACUGAGCUUCUUCAGUGUCCCCAGGUCCCUGUCCUCAUCAGACACCAGCCAGAGGGAUGAGCACCAGCUGGCCAGACUAACACUCCCAACCCCACCAUGACCUGCUGCUGCUAUUACUGCCCAUUGCUGCUCCCCCGGGUGAGGGCUGUCACCCUGUCUCCCAAAGUGGCCUGCAGCUGCCAUGCCAAAAGGAAAGGCUGGGCUGGGAGGGACUACCUGCUGCUGCCAGGGUCCUAGGUGUCGCCUCGCCUCGGUCCAGCAGUGAGAAUAAAGCACUCUUCAC